AUGAAGGAGGAUGCUGCUGCCACCCUUCAGGGCCAGAAUAUAAGAACGGAGGUAUUCUUGGUGUUCCGCUUUAGCACUCUAAGGACAGUUAAACAUCUGGAGAGUAACAAAUUGCUCAGCGAAAGUCAGCAUGGAUUCAGGCCUAGACUCAGCACGGCAACAGCCCUGACAGUUGUAACAGACAAAAUCUAUAAGAAUAUGGACAACAAGCGCAUCUCUUUGCUAACACUCUGUGAUUUGUCGAAGGCUUUCGACAGUGUCAGCCACCAAAUCCUUAUUGAAAAACUAAAACUGGCCGACGUAGAUGCUUUUUGGUUUGAGGACUAUCUAAACGAAAGAUCACAGUCUGUCCGACUCAACACAAGCCUCUACUCUAUAUGGCGUGCCUCAAGGCUCUAUUUUAGGACCUAUAUUAUUUAA